AUGGGGCCAGAUGGUGACGAACGGCUCUAUGAAGCCUUGAACAGAUUCUUUGAUGUGACCAACUCGCCUACAGCUGAUCCUUAUGAUUUCGAUCAGACUGGAGUUGAAGGCUCAGGCGGCUUUGCAAUCAUUCUCUCCAGUGACACCGUAGAGUCCACGAAGUCGAUGUGGAGCGCCCACACAAAGUGGCACCGGAAAUGGAUGGCCCGCAAGCUAGAGGAUGAGAUGCAGGCAGAGGUCUGCUUCAUCCAGAUUAGCGUAGACAGCUCAAAAGGCGAGAAGUACCUCGCAGAUCUUGCAGCAUACCGCGGCAUGACUUUGGAGGAAAGCAGGGACCUGAUCGCGGACUACCAGGACCACUACGUCCCCAUCCAGAUGGAUGCAUCGGAAGAUGAGACUCCGUUCAUCCACCUGAUGAAUUACAACCAGAAGAUGGUGGUCAACAAGAUGAUGCGUUCUUUUGUCGGAUCGCAAGUUUGCCACUUCCUUUCCAAUCUUCAUCCUUUCCAGCAUACCGUGUACCUUGCCCGACAUGGUGAGAGUGAUUUCAAUGUCGAAAAGCGCAUUGGAGGAAACUCCGGGCUAUCGCGUCGCGGUGAAGAAUUUGCAAGACGGACGGCCGAGUUUGUGAAGUAUGUAGUGUGUGGACAUGCCAGCGACUUGGUGUGCGUGACUUUAACCGCACAAGAUGUUCCAAGGCUACGCAGCAAGAUCAUUGACCUCAAAAGGAACAUUGUGGCGUCCGAAGACUGGACGGACCUCGGAGAUGCUAGCGGGGGCGCAGUUCGAAGGUUCAUGCAGCUCAAGCGGCUUCAGGUCGGCUGGGGUGCAGACUUCAAGGAUAGCCCGGACAACGUGAAGGAUCUCUUGCGGAUACUCGAGGGUGCGAAGGUUGUCACCCUGGUUUUUGUCGGCGGGGACGCGUCUGGAGCCGGUACUGUGCCUGGGCGGCUCUGGACAUCUUCCCUCCGACGCACUAUCGAGACUGCCCAGUUCAUUGAGCACCCGAUCCUGCCAGCAGGCGCGGACGGUAAGCCCUUUUACCAGAUGAGGGGGCGACAGUUCAGGAACAUGGACGAGGUCUACGCCGGCGAAUAUGAUGGCUUCACUGAGGAGGCAGGUGUCUGA